GUACACUAUUUGCCUACCUCCUCAGAUUUGGAAAGCCAAGCAUCGCAUUCUCACUUAAACCACUGUGAACGAUGUGGACUCUCAUCAAUAGUACACCAUGGAUGAUAGGGCUUGUUGCUUUGUGGUUCAGCGCAAGUUCAAUAUAUCGUCGCUUUUCCUAUCGUAAUGCGAUGCUGGCGAAUGGAUGCUCUACACCCAAGAAAUAUGCGCACAAAGAUCCUUUUUUCGGUAUCGAUAUGUUUGUUGCAUUAGCGAAGGCCAUGCAAAGUGGAAGCAUGCUUGCGACAGUUGAAGGACUCUUCACUACAUAUGGCAAAACAUUUCAGUCAAACUCUUGGGGAACAACAGUUAUUAACACCAUGGAUCCCUUGGUGAUCCAAACAGUUCUCGCAAACAGCUCGGAAAAGUUUGGCGUCGCACCGUCCCGGAUACCCGUAGUAGAGCCUUUGAUGCAAGACGGUAUUUUCACCGCGGACGGUCAAUCAUGGGCAUAUCACAGAAGCAUCGCGAAACAGAUAUUCACUGGGGUCAGAUUCUCCGUCAUCCCAUCACUUGAGAAACAUGUGAAUCGUUUGCUGGAAUUGAUACCCCAAGAUGGCUCAACAGUUGAUCUUCAACCACUUUUGAAAAGAAUGUUUUUAGACAGAACAACUGAAUUCCUCUUCGGGGUAUCACAAGACUCCCUUCUUGUUGGUACAAAAGAUGACUCUACGGAGGAUUUUAUCUCGAUAUUUGAUAAGUCUUUGGUAGGUCUACACACUCGUAUGUUUCUUGGUAGACUGGUUUUCAUCCGUGGGCGUGAUACACAAUUGAGAAAAGACAUAUCGUAUGUCCAUGCUUUUAUUGACAGAUACGUUACAAUGGCUAUCGAGAGGCAGCGUUUAUUGGAGGAAAAUGUUAAAGAAGUCUCGCCAGCCAACUAUGUAUAUCUGGAUAAGCUCGUCAAGGAAACGAAAGAUAAAACGGAACUUCGAAAUCAAAUGUUGAACAUAUUUCUUCCAGCUCGUGAUUCUACUUCUAGCGCAACUGGUUUCAUAUUCUUUCAUUUAGCACGUCAUCCGGAUGUCUGGAUGAAGUUGCGCGAAGAAGUUAUCAGAAUAGGUGACGCACCUAUAACAUUCGACCUACUGAAGUCGAUGAAGUAUCUUAAGUUCGUAGUUAAUGAAAGUCUUCGUCUUCUUGCUCCGGCAGGUCUCAGUAUACGAACAUGUGUGCAGGAUUGUGUACUUCCAAGAGGAGGUGGACCAGAUGGCAAGAGCCCCAUUCUUGUUCGUCCAGGUACGGAAAUUAGAGUAGUUUUCCACGCACUACAUAAAGAUCGAGAUAUCUGGGGAGAAGAUGCAAUGGAGUUUCGUCCUGAGAGAUGGGAGAAUUUACGAACAACGUGGGAGUAUAUACCUUUCCUUGGGGGUGGUAGGAUUUGCCCAGCGCAACAGAUGGCUUUGACCGAAAUUUCUUAUUUGGUGGUUCGAUUUAUGCAAGAAUUUAAGUCAAUGGAGAAUAGAGAUCCGGAGAAGAAAUUUGUUGCAGGUAUGAAGUUAUCUAUGGAGAGCAAAAAUGGUGUGAAAGUAGGGUUUGAGGUGGCUUGAUGUAAUCAUUUUAGAAGUUAUUGAACUUUUUGGCACUUGAAACACCCCUCCCCUCUAGCACUGCUUUUAAGUUGCAAGUAGCAGAUAAUCAUUCAAUUUUAGAGGACCAUAAAUAGAAGAGCCGA